CCUGCUGUAGUAAACUGUCAAAAAUAAUAAUAUAAAUCAAUUAAACUGAUAAUUUGAAUAAAUAAUAAGCAAUUUAUAAAUAAACAUGGAUUUGUUGGGUUCAAUUUUAAAUUCGAUGGAUAAACCACCAUCAAUUAGUGAAAAACAGAAAGAAGCCAUCAAAAAGCAAAAAUUGGAGCUGGAAAAACGACAGAAUGCAGAAAAAGAAAACCUUCGCAAAUUCAGAAUCAAAGUCGAAGAAAAAAUCAACCAGUUCCUCAAAGAUGAUACAAAAACAAAAUACGAAUUCCAACCCAUGGAUAAAAUUUUUAGAAGCAUUAUUCACGAGGUUUGUGAAGUGGCAGGUUUGCCUACGCAAAGCGAAGGCAUAGAUGAGGAGCGACACAUCAUAGUGUACAAAGCAGAGCACUUUCCCUUACCUGCAAAGAGUGAAGAAAAAGCACGAGAACCAAGCCCAGAACGAACAGAACCUAUUCAAGAACCUGCUUCAAACUAUAGAAACAAGUAUGCUCAUUUAAUUAACAACGAUGAUAUGAAAGCGAGGAGCACCAUGGCUAACACUACAUAUGGAAUAGUUCCGAGUGAGAAUAAAAGGGAUGUGAGAUCUAUCGAACAAACUAUGAAAGACAUCAGAGCCAGAAAGCGCUUGAAGAAAGAAGAAACUUAUAAAGAUGAAGCGUCUUAGGAUAAUUUUGUUGU